GCAGGACGAGCAGGGAUGCCCUGGCGGCUCCCGAAGCGGUGCUGCCGGCAUCCCGCUUGCCCGGCCUGUGGCGGGACCCGGGGUGCUGAGCUUCCCGCGGCUACUUCUGUUCCUCCUCCUUCCCUCCCUGCAGGGACUGGCAGCCUCACAGCCGCGGUGGAAACGGCUUCGGGCCGCAAGGCGCUGGUGGUGGGGAAGCCCAACACGUACAUGUUUGAUUGCAUCGUGGAGCGUUUCGGUGUCGACCCAUCCCGCACCCUCAUGGUGGGAGACCGUCUGGAGACAGACAUCCUCUUCGGCAAGAACUGCGGCCUUGCCACCAUUCUCACCCUGACAGGCGUUUCCCGCCUGGAAGAGGCACAGGCCUACAUGGCCAGCGACAGCGCCGCUGCCAAGGAUCUGGUGCCCAAUUACUAUGUGGACAGUAUUGCAGACUUGAUACCGGGCCUGGAUGAGUAACAGUUUGUACAUGUGAGGGCAGAGGGGUCAGGUUCCCCAUCCCAGAUCUCCAUCUGUUCCCAUUUCUCUCUCACUGCCCUAUUCCCUCAAUUCCUGGUUUCUUCACAUGCCAACAUCCUUCUUCAGGGGCAAAAGGGGAAAGGGAUUGGCAGGAGGGGACAGGUUUCAAGUUGUCUCUGCUGAGAGCUAUCCAGGAUGGACAGAAUCCUUGUCUCCCGUAUUUCCAGCUGCCAGCAUCUUUGGGAGAGAGCUGGAGGCCUUGAGGCUGGGUGGGGGGGGUCAAAUCAGUGUCUGUGUGGCCUCUCCCCCUGCAGAGGUUCAGGACUGGCUGUUUUAGUAUUAUUUUUUCCCUUGGAUAACCAGUGGUGGCCUUUUACUGCUGUCCUUCAACUUGUAACUCUUCUGAGCUGCAACCCUGCAGUCCUUGUGGUAACCCCCUCCUUGCCAGGGGAUUGGCUGGCAUUGUCACCCACCUGCUGUCUAUCAGUGCCAGGGCAUGUGGAAGGAGUGUGCCAGAGCUCUGGAAUCAUGAAUGAGAGUAUCUCUGCCUCCCACAAGUGACAGAGAGCAUUGCCUCUUCUCUCUCCUGUUCCUUAGAGAUGUUUCCCCCACUAUCCCCCUGCCCCAACCCAGUUAAUAACUGUGCCAGUGUCCAUCUGAAGGACGGAAGAGACUGGUUUGAGGGUCUUUUUCCUGUGCCAAACAGACAAGCUGUGACUGCACACAGUGGGUCUGCAGUUGUACCUUGUUUUCAAGCACCCUUUCUAAAGGGGCUUGUGAAGGACAGAGGGCUCCUAGACCAUGACAACACAGCACUGAUGAACUGUAUGACUCUCCCUGGUUGCCCCUUCUCAGUUGGAUUUUGUCAUAGUACAGUGAGAGAAAAGUGCUGAUGGGGGUCUGUGCUCCAGCUGCUGGUGUGCAGGUGAGAUGGUGAUGGUGUUGUCACUGCUGUGAAUGUGUCACAGUCCUCAAAACCAUUCCUUGCUGCUUUGUCUUUCUACGUUUGGUUUUUUUUUUAAUUUCUUGAUCUAAUUUAUCAGAAUUAUUUAUUGUUCAAAUAUUGUAUUAUUUGUAUAAAUUAUGCUGACUGGUUGCACCAAGGGGACAGAAGGCAGUGCCUUUGGGCAUCCCUUACUGUCCAAGUCCCAUGUUGAUGUUCUUACACUCACUGUGUCUCUGUAUAUAAUAAAGUGUGAGCAUAGGCUGGAAAUUA